CGCUGCUCAGAUCCACGAUCCGGGGUUCACUAGUUUUGCUAACUUGUCCACGACGUUUGGCGACAUGCAAGAUCUGGUUGUGGACACGGUUGACAUUUAUUUCCAAAAAAUGUUCUUUGCUCAUCCUGCCACGGGAAAUAUUGAGCAAGGUACCCAACUUUCUAACAUCCUAAAAUCUGGCGUAUUUUCGAACCAAUAUAUCGGGAUGCUAGAUACAGAUACAGGCAUUAGGGAUCCAACGCCCGGAUAUGUCGAGUUUGACCGCAAAUUGAUGCGCAAAAUGAUCAAAGCACCAAUCAUCAGCGAAAUUUGGAAUAGUCAAAGGAUGUUCAUUGUUAAAUUCAGACAGGGAUUGUUAGAUUACACAUGAGAGGGAGCAAUUAGUCACAGGAAUUUCAAAUUCGACCCUUGCUAUGGUACGGUGAGCUAUGACGAGACAUUCAAUGGGAAGUACUACUGUCCACAUGGCGAGGGAGGAAUGGGCGAAAACAACUAUUUACUGCUUUCUUGGGACCUCGACCGCGAGUAUAUGUUUAACGAUUAUGGCACCGCCCAAGAUACAAUCUCACAAGUCGGCAUCGACAAGAGCGAAAUGGUGAUCUCCGCAGUUCGGGUUCAGGAGGCCGCGAAAGAAUUCAUACCGCGCAAAAGCAGCGUCAUGAGUGAUAUGUUUCUAAAAAUAGCCAACAGCCCAGAUGUGGAGUCUCUGUCAUCAUAUCCGCUAUUUGUUAACAUUCCGGUCUGCGAUCUUAAUGAUCUUGAUCUUAAAUGGAGCAAUGAUGUUUGCUUCGUAUACCAGUGGAUUGGUGGGAAUAGAGGCGACAAGACUCUGUACCUAGAUUGCCUAAGUUACGUCCUGCGUGAAUCUUGUUCCACUUACAAGGUGAAUGGUCACUCGUGGCCAUACGAAAAAAACGCUCAUGGUUUUAAAACAAUCGCCGACGAAAAAUAGUGUGGCGAUCAGCCCACGACCGGUUAAUCAUCAGAUUGGUUGGUUGGGUAAAGAGGG